AUGUCGCCUGAGGAAAUGGAAGACAUUGGGGCUGGAGCUCAGGGAUUCCCAUGCAAUUCCCCAGGGCCCUGGGCCACAGAGGAUGAACAGCUGUUCUGCUCCGUGGAAGGCCAGGCCGCCUCUGAGGAGAGAAGAAGAAGAAAGUUGCAGGAAAAGUCAAGGCCUCCACAGGCCCAUGUCGAGGUAUCUCUGGUGCAGCCCUCAGGCUGUGUGAGUAGGGGUGAUGGGCAGACAGCUGAGCCGCUCAAGACUUCCUUUGGCCACUGUGAUGGUGCUGACCACAUCUGCACCCUAGAGCUGGAGACCCAUGUCACCAGGCGCGGGGAACAGCUGCAGACCCUAGGCUGCAACCCUUUACCCCAGGCAGAACUGCAGCAGAUGGUGGAGACGGAGCAUCUGAGGCUGGAGCUCCAGAUGGUGGAGACAGAGCGGGUACGACUGUCACUGCUGGAAGAGAAGCUGGGGGAUGUGCUGCAACUCCUAACCAUUGAAAAGAACAUAUCAAAAAGAGCCCUGGGGAAGAUUUUGCUGACCGCCCUGGACCAGAAUCCCUCACAGGAGGAUACACGUGGCACCUUGGCCAUCCUGGACACCUUGCACCAAGCCUUGGUUGGCUGUGAGCUCCUGCAGAGAAAUCCCGCAGCACUAGCAUCCACAGCUCCUACACACAAAAACCCCUUCCUCAUCUCCUGCUGA